UCUAUUUCACAUUUGACAUUAAUAUUCCCAAAAUAUUGCUAUCAAUCAUAAUUUUAAGCUUCUUUGUGUUCUAUGUACAAUUCCAUCCAACCACGUGCUGAAAUCGCUGAAGGUAGCCAUCGAUAAAAAUUAGCACUUUGCGGGGAGCCACUUCAUGAUCACCAAGAAAGCUUGAAAAUUAUUUAACAUCAACUUCACACGGAUAGCUAAAGGUUGGUUUAAUUUGGUCUUGUACCAGUUAUCACCAAUCUAUGAUGCAGUAUGUCCCGGCUCUGGAUAAGUGGUGAUGUGAUAAUUAUCAAAUCACCCUCGAAAAAGUAACUCUAAAGCAACUUUUCAAACAGUGUCCAGUUUCCGAUUAUCUUCCCUUGUGAAUGCAGUACCUCUUCGGAUUGAUUGUUGCCGCUGAGUUCUUUGGCCGAAUGUGCUGAUAGGGCAAAAAGUACGAAAAGUGUAACGAAUCUCCCAAGUACCUGCGUUGUUGAAUCUGCUAUCCGUCAGCAAUAUGGCUACAAAACGAUCUAAAGAGAAACAAGUCGGAAAGCUCUCUGAGUACACGUUUGUGUUUCCUCAAAAACCUGAACCAAAAACCUGGAAACAGAUUAUCUAUGACGAACGAGAUGGAAAAUUCUUUGGUCGCACUAGACAGAGUUGGUGGUACCUAUUCCUUUUCUAUGGAAUCUACUUUAUUGUUCUAUUCAGCAUGUUCUGGGCCUGCAUGGAGGGCCUAUUCUAUACGUUGAAUGAUAAUUAUCCAAAGUACCAACUAGAAGAGUCGUUAAUCGGCGUAAACCCUGGCCUCGGAUAUCGCCCAUUGCCAGAUGAUGUGCGAAAGGCGGGAUUCGUUCACUUCAAGCAGCACAAUAAAACCGAAAUGGAUUACUGGAUCACAAGGCUUGAUACGUUUUUGGAGCCGUACCGCAACUUAAGCUCGGGAGCAGAUCAAAAUCUCGUGAAAUGUAAUUUUGGCGAAAAGAGACCGACCGGGAAAUCAUGCAUCUUCGACGUUAACAAUCUCGGUCCAUGCUCACCGUCAAAUCGGUACGGUUAUAAUGAAUCGCAGCCGUGCAUUUUCUUGAAACUGAAUCGGAUAUAUGGAUGGAUUCCGGAAUAUUUUGACGAUGUGAACGAUUUACCGGAAAAUAUGCCGUCAGAUUUGGUGGAAUACAUAAAAAGCAUCCCGGAGGUUGAGAGGAAACAGAUAUGGGUUUCAUGCAACGGAGUAUAUCCGGGUGAUCGUGAAGCUACUGGACCAUUCGCGUUCUACCCUAGCCAUGGGAUUGCAUCCUACUACUAUCCAUACACCAACACCAAAGGUUACCUUGGUCCAUUGGUGGCAGUACAAUUUGUUGCUCCGAAACGAAAACAAAACAUUUUUGUUGAGUGUCGUGCGUGGGCCAAGAAUAUCGCUUACCAUGGAGGCUCCCGACUUCGUAUGGGUUCGGUGCUGUUUUCAUUGUUGAUCGACUGAUACACACAAUGUUUUUAUGUUAUUAGAAUGAAUACAGAAUAUCUAAACGGAAGGAUAUAUGUUUUAAUUUUCUUCUCGAAUAAACAGUUUUUCAGUACAAGGAAAACUAUCGUGCACGACAUUAAUCGCUGAUUUGAAGAAGACCACCC